AUGAUGAUGAAUUCAGAAAUUAGUAUCAAUGGCAGUAAUGCUUAGUAGCCAAAUCCUAUGUAGAAUAUAGUUAUGAGCAUAUUUAAUACUCAUCAUUAUAGCCAAAUAGUCUAAACAGAUAUCGAUAAUUUCAAUUGGUCAUGCGACGUAAUAUUGAACUCUUAAAAAAUAUAAGAUAAGCAAGCGGAGGAGCAAAAAAUAGAUUAAUUUUUACUUGAUUGGAGGAAUAUGUAUAAAUUUUUUGAAAUCCUUAUUUAAACAAAAUAAGAGAAUUCAAUUUUUGUGGCAUGCGAGCUACUCUAAAAGAUAAUUAGUAGUGAUAAUAGAACAUUUAUUAAUACAAAAGAAGCGUCUUCUCAUCAUUUAAAUAGAGGAAAUAUAUCAAAUUACAUGGAUGUAGGUUCAAGUUUAGCAAAUUCUGAUGAAAGAAUGUCCUCAGAUACUGUAGCCUAUUUGGAGCUAUUUGGAUUUUUCAUGAAAUUUUUAACUCUAAACUAAGACAAAAAAUAUUAAUUACAUACAUAUAAAUCCGUGUGUCAUGUUAUUGCAGUAAUCUUUAAGGCUCUUUGGGGAGAUAACUCGUUUGAUUACUCUACAGAACUUGUAGAAUAUGUUGUAUAGAUUCUUAUCAAUAAAGAGGAUUUCGGUAUCUUAAUAGUAGAUUUCAUUAUCUAAAAUAUCUCUAAUUUUAGCACAAAUAUGGGAUACAUUAUGUAUAGAAGAAUAAUACUAAGCUUUUAAACAUCAGGUUUAGUUCCAAUAAGUUAGCAAGUAGCUUCAAAGCUGUAUUAAUUAUUAGAAAUAGUAGCAGCUUAACCUAACAACCCUUCAAAAAUUUUUGAAAAAUAUGUAGGACUCUUUUUAUAAAUCCUUUCCUUUAACUUUAAUAUCUCAUACUAUGAUUUUGAGACAGAUUAAGAUUACUAAGAUAACUAAUUAAUUUAGUUCCCUGAAAAAAUUGUUAAAAUAUUAGUGAACUUCGAUUUACUAAAGAGAUUGUUUUACACAACUAAGUUGCUGAUCACAGUAAAUUCACAUGUUGGCCUAAAUUUACUUAGAUGCUUGAGCAAAAUUGUUUCUUGCAGGAUAACUCAUUCAGAGUUUGAAGAUAAAGAAAAAAAGAAGGGAUUUAUCUUAUUUUGUUGUGAAGGAAUAACAGAAAUUAUAAGAUCUAUUAAAGUUCUUGAUGAAGAUUUAAAUCUCGAAAUCAUAGAUUAUUGCAAUAGAAUGAUGAAUAAUUUUAGUUUGAAGAAAUUAAGAAAAAUUGAAAAACAAGGUGAAGAAUGGAUUAAUAUCAUGCAAUAAUUUUCCUUAUAUGUCAUUAAUCGUACUCAAUUUAAUGUUAAAGAUGAAGUCAUUCCAAAGUUAAUGAAUUUAUGGAGAAAAAUAGUUAGGUUAUCUAUCAGCAUUAAAAUUCCUAAAUCUAUUACUAAUCCUAUUAAUAAAUUUACUUCUACUCUAAUAUAAACUUUCACUGAAAGAUGUCUUUAACAAGUUUCUUUUUUUGAAGAUGCAAACUUUUUAAGAUUUAAAAAAUUUAAGAAGGCAAUGAGAAAUUUCUUUGAAAACAUUUAUUAUAUUGGAAAUAACGACCUUGAACCUUCGUUCUAAAUUGUUGCUCAUUUGUUUGAAAAGUGUGCUGAAGAAUAUUUUAUUUGUUUGUAAAAUAGAGGAAAUAUAGAUAAUGCAUAAAUGCAAAGCUCAAAUCACAAGAUAUGUUUGUGUUUAGGCCUUGUCAAUUAAUUAAUUCUAGUAUCUUCAGUUGGAAUUGAAAAAUCUAAUUCUUAUAUUUAGCAGUCUGUUUAAGUAUUUGAAUAUAUGGGGAAAAUGAUCGCUAUUUUCUUCAAGAUAAUUGAAAGUUAAAUCAAUUACCCUCAGGCUUAGCUCCCUUUAAUUUAAAACGAACUAACUGAAUUAUCAAUACUUUAUUUUAUGGAAGAGUAUAUUAUUAAAACAUUAGGAAAUAUGGAUACAGAUGAUGCUAAAACAUUUGAUACAACUUCUACUAGCGCCAAGGUAGUUAUUCCUAUUUAAUAAGAAGAAAAUAUAAGAUUCCUUAUAAAUAAUUAUAAUAUUUAUUCACAACAAUCAAUCUAAUAAAAUUAGUACUUUACAUACGUAUAAAAAUAUUUGAAUGUGAACGAAUUUGCUUAGUUGACAUAGAUGAUGGUGAGCAAGUUAGAGUAGAAUGUACAAACUACUAGCAAAAAUGUAUUCGAGUAUUCUCUCCAUGUUAUAAAUUUUAUCUUUCUUAGGCUCAAGCACAAUCUUUCAAGAGGUGUAUUUAAGAAAAUGCCAUUAAUUUUACAGCUUUCUAAUCUUAUUAUGAAGGAAUCUGUAGGAAGGUAACUAUCAUAAGAUAGUUUUAAAAGUAGAACAAAAAUUUAUGAACUAAUUGCGUUUGCAUACAUGGAUGAUCCCUUAGAUAAUUACAUCGAAGCUACUGAUGGUAUUAUAAGAAGAAUUUGUUUCAACCCAUAAAAUUGCACUAAAGCUGACAUGAUCCGUUUCUUUUAUGAUGCAACUGGAUUAGCUAAGCAUAUAGAUUUAGGAGCAAUUUACAAGGUCUUUUUGAAGAAAACGUAUCAUUUAUAUAAGUUUAUUUAUUCUGACCAACUGCUUUCUUAUGGUUUGGAUAUGGAAUUAAUGGUACCAGCUUUAAAGCUUUUAUUAAAUGUUAUUGACAACAAGACUCAAAGAAUUAGUAUUCUGACAAAUUAAAAUUUUGGAUAUCAAAUGUUCAAGGAUUUUUCUGAUUUUUUAAAUAAGUAUGGUAAACUUUUAAUGGAAUACUUCCAGAAUGUAACCAACAAAAAUUAAAAUAAUGAUAAAAUUAAACUUGUGAUGAUAUAUUGGAGAGUUUUAAAUAAAUUUCUUACUAGCAAGCUAAUAAACUUUUCAGUCUUUCAACUUUAUGGAGACUCUACAUUUAUAGAUUACUUAAAAGUUAAUUUGGAUUUAAAAUUUUUGCUUUUUGAAGAAGUAUUUUAGUAUCCAAAAUUAACACAAGUCUUUAUUUAAAAUAUAUUAAUUAUAUCUGAAUAAUUCCAAGAAACUGUAUACUGUUUUAAUGAUGAAAGGUAUGCUAUUAACUUAUUCUUGAUUUCUAAAAGAUUUAUGGAAAAGAUUACUUAAGAAAACUUUAAAUAUGGAAAUUUCAGCACUAUACAUGAUGAUCCAUUAAUUCAAAAUGUAUCACAAGUAAUAUAAAAUCUCUGCAGCUUCUGUGUUGAAGAAAUUAAUUUUAAGAUGACUGAGGAGGUCGAAAGAGGUGUCAAAUCUCUUAUUACUAAUGGUUAUUAGAUUUUUAAUGAAUACAUAGCCUUUUUGUUUAAUAUAUCAUUCAGCUAUGUAAAUAGUAAGAUAUUCGUCAAAAUAUCUAAUGCGCUUUUUGCCUUUAUAGUAUUUAUGCCAAACAUAUUCGAAUAAGUAAGAAAAUAAUAUAUUGAAUCACAAGUUAUGAAUUAACAAGAUAUCAACAUAAUUUAAGAACCAUUAAAUAGCUUGCUGAAGGACAUUACCUUAAAAAUUGAUCCAAUUAACUAAGAUAAAUUUCAAAAUAAUUUCAAACUUAUAAUUAAAUCCAUCAACCAAGGAGGAAAUGAAGCUAGUUAAAUUGGUGGGUAGCUUGAAUACAAUUACUGA